AAUGCACUGGCGCCAGUUCAGACAGAGCAGAGAGGCGCAGCUCAUUAAACACGCAGCGCUCGGCUCGACUCGGCAGCAGAAAAAAAGACUCAAGACUUGUUUUAACUCAGAUCAUCAGAGCAUCAGACUAGACUGGGUCUAGCAAUAUGUCAACAGGAUUAACUUUCUCUACAUCGGACUAAGGGAGGAGCGGAAAGCAGUAAACUCAAAACAAGAAGGACUCCAACUCAACAAGAAGUGCGCAGAAAGUGAAGAGGACGCUGUCAACCUCUGCAUCUUAUUUGGUCUUCGCACCAAAGCCAAAGAAGGCCUGAUCUUCAACUUCAACUGUUUUUGGAACUAUAAAUGAUCCCAGUUCUCAGAGAGUGAGCAAGAACAUUUAAAAGUACAUUUUUAUUUUUUGAACCCCACCACAAAAAAACAUCCUCUCCAGAGACAUGGAGGUGGCUGACCAGUCCCGAUGGAUGGCGCAUCACCAUGCCGUGCUAAACGGUCAGCACCCGGACUCUCACCAUCACGGCCUCGCUCACAACUACAUGGAGCCUAUGGCGCCGCUCUUGCCCCCGGACGAAGUGGACGUGUUUUUAAACCAUUUGGACUCGCAAGGCAACCCGUACUACCCUAACUCCAGGGCCAGGGUGUCCUACAGCCAAGCGCACGCUCGUCUCGCGGGCAGUCCGGUCUGCCGGCCGCACCUCAUCCACAGCCCGGGUCUGUCGUGGCUAGACACCGGCAAGGCGGCUCUUUCCGCAGCUCACCACCACAACGCCUGGGCGGUCAGUCCAUUCGCCAAAGCCGGCCUGCACGCGGCUAGUGCGGGCUACCCGUGCAGCAGCGCCGGUGGCGGAGGCUCGAGCUCCAGCUCUGGUUCAGUCACGAGCCCUGUUCCGGUGUCCGCGCCUGCGAGCCACGCGAGCCCGCACCCGCUCUACAACUUCCCGCCCACCCCGCCCAAAGACGCGUCCCCUGACCCAGGACCCUCUUCACCCACCGCCUCCGCCACCAGGAUGGACGAAAAGGAAGCCGUGAAGUAUCAAGUGGCGCUGACCGACGGUAUGAAGAUGGAGGGCUGCAGUCCACUGCGCACCGGCCUGGGCAUGGGCGCCCCAGCGCCCUCCGCCCAUCACCCAAUCCCCACAUAUCCCGCGUACUCCCUGCCCGCCCCACACGACUACGGUGCGAGUCUCUUCCACCCGGGCAGCCUGCUUGGAGGCUCCCCGUCAAGUUUCACGCCAAAAUGCAAGAGCAAGACCCGCUCGAGCUCAGAAUUCUACACAGAGGGGCGUGAGUGUGUGAACUGCGGAGCUACCUCCACUCCUCUCUGGAGGAGAGAUGGAACUGGCCACUACCUCUGCAAUGCCUGCGGCCUCUACCACAAAAUGAACGGUCAGAACCGGCCACUCAUCAAGCCCAAACGCAGAUUGUCUGCGGCGCGGCGCGCGGGCACCUGCUGUGCGAACUGUCAGACCACCACCACAACGCUGUGGAGGCGCAACGGCAACGGGGACCCGGUGUGUAACGCCUGCGGCCUAUACUUCAAACUGCACAACGUGAACAGACCACUGACCAUGAAGAAAGAGGGCAUCCAGACGCGCAACCGCAAAAUGUCCAGCAAGUCCAAGCGCAGCAAACGGGCAGGCGAAGGCUUCGAGGAGCUGUCCAAGUGCAUGCACGACAAAACAUCACCCUUCUCCACCGGGGCCAUGGCAGGCCACAUGACCCACAUGGGCCACCUGCCACCUUUCAGCCACGCAGGCCACAUGCUGCCCACUCCAACUCCCAUCCAUCCCUCAUUCGCUCACCCACAUCAUGCUGGCCGCUCACCUGUCUGGGCCGAGCCUCACUGAGGUCCCGUCCAGAGUAGUGCCAUCUCAGAUGCUCCUCACCUAUUGCAGUGGUCACCAGCACAAAUCAUGGACAUCUAACUUCUUGCAAGAUUUAUUUCCAAGCCUAAUCCAGCAUACUUGACUCAACUCUUGGUUGAGAGUAGGUUUAAAACUAUUUUAGUGCACACGCCAUCUCAGGAGCUGUUUUAUAAUAGUCAGUACUAAAUCAAGGCACCACAAUAUGUAGGGAUUUGAUAAAGUAUAUUGUACCACUGUACUGUAGUGGAAAACAUCUAUAAUAUAUCCUAGUUGAUAAGGGAUACCCAUAAUGUGCGGUCGCUUUCCAAGGAAUGUCCCUAUCGGUGCAGAUAAAUCAGAUAACCUAUGUCAAAUUUAAGUACAAAUCUAUUCAAAUGAAUUUUUACCAUGAAUUUUGAUCCAUGCAAAUUUAUUCCAGACUGUGUUCCUGACUUUCCAGUGUUAGGAACACAAAUUAGGAAUCCAUUCACAAUAGGUUGUAUAUUUCCAGAAAUCCCUGGCUAUUUGAAUCAGGUGAACAAGAUUUGGUUUGAGAGUAAAACUUGCAAGAAGAUAUGUCCAGUAGAUGUAGUUGGUGACCAAAGUGGGUGACCACUGGUCUUCACAAGUACGUCCACAGAUCAGAGAGGCUGUAUUGGGAGCUUAUUCGCCAUCACAUCCUGGUUGAGCGCUACAUAAGAAGAGGUGGUUACAUUUUGUAACAGACGACCAUAAAGAGACACUGUUCGUGUUGUUUUUUUGCCUAAGGCUGAAAGGCCGGAGUGUAAAGAGGACAUGUUGCUUGUUUAAAAGCCCACCCCCACCCGCCAUCCCUCACGGACACUGACUUAACAAGAGUGUGGAGUUUUGGGGAGGUAGGGGGGUGAGGGGGUUGGGGGCACCUGAUGCUUUUAGCCUUUCUUUAUUUUGUACUGAGUCACUUUGGUACUGCCCGGAAAGAGAGGAUGUGUGUUAUAGCCGAGUCACUGUGUAGGUGUGUGUGUGUAUGAGUGUGUGUGUGUUGAUGCCAUCAGCCGCUGCCACUGGUAAAGGCUUGCAUGGGCCUGGCUCUCGGACUCUUAAACCAGAGAAAAGAGAGAGCAAGAAAGAGAGAGAGUGAAAGUGAGAGAGGUAGAGAAUAUAGAAGGACUGCUUAUUCUGUGCCGACAUGCUGGGAUAUACACACUCCACGGACGUGACUGCCUCCAAACAGACUCUAUGGACACGAUUAGCAAGGAAAACAGAUGUUUAUAAAGCUUGAUUGUUAUUAUCGUUAUUAUUAUAAUUGUUAUUAUGAUAAUUUAUUUUCACACUUUAUUUUUUUCUUUUGCUCUCCUCAAAACCAUAUGGGUAUAUUGUUAUAAUUAUAAAUAUUAUUUGAUUAUUCUUAUCGAAAGAAAGAAAUGAUAAAAAACAAGACAAAAACGAAAAAAAAAAAAUCGACAAAAAAAACAACAACACUGACUUAUCUUAGCCAAGGCGAUAUUGCUGAACUGUACGUUUUUAUCAUUUUCCAUUACACAAAUAAAGCAAAUAAAAUUUUAAUACUUAAAAA